AUGCCUUCCAUCCAGAACCUCAUUACCCGGGACGCCUCCUCCGGUGUUGUCCGCCGCGACGACGAUGGCAGCAACAUGCUCAACCUCAUGAUCGUGGUCCUUGCCUUGGUCUUCUUCGCCCUCCUCCUCGUUUCCACACUCUUCCUCAUGCGCCGCAUCCGCAAACAACAACGGCAAGAAGCGAUGCUUCCCACCUACCAAGAGGUCAAGGGUGGCGGCGCCCGCAACCACCACAACCUCACCAUCCAGACAAGUCAGGACGGCCGCUCAAGCGUCCUGUACAUCGGCCAGGACGGACGUUCGCCGAUGCUCCAGAACCCCCAGUCCGCCCCUCACUCUCCCGACAACGUUCCCGAGAUCCACAUCACCUUCCCUGACGAGCAGGACGAGGGCGGUCGCCGCAAGAGCGGCCGUGUGCUCGUCGUCCGCGUCGGCGACGGCGGCUCCGUCGGCCUCGAGCCCGUUCGCGACGAGCAGCUUCCGGCCUACGAGAAGGACAGCAAGUCGCAGUUCUACUCCGUCGACAUGGACUCGAUCGGCGGCCUGCGGGAGAAGGAGCGCUUCAACUGA